AUGCCGGAAAUGGCGACAUCAACGAAACAAGCUCUACAAGGAUUUGGAGAUGGAUGGGGUUAUGGAACCCACUGCCGCAGAAGAGCACCCACAAGGAUGACUUUUAGUCGGGACCGAAACCAUCUUUCUGUCAUUGUCUGGAGUUACGGUAAUGAAGUAGGCGAGCAAGGGAACUACGACGCGGAGACAGCUGAGAUCACCACAUACCUCAGAAAUAUCGUCAUCGAGGAAGAUACGACCCGUCCGUCAACAGGCUCGAUUCAUCGAUCCACGCCGACUAGUUUGUACACUGAAGUGGUCGAAAUCAUAAAUUUAAACUACCAAGGCGAAGACAUGCGGUAUGGUCCUGCAUACACGCGCUUGGUUGGAAACCGCGGGAAACCACAAUAUGACGCGUUCCAUGACGCCCAUCCCGAUAAGCUUGUUUUUGGUAGCGAAGUCGCGUGGUCGCUGAGCAGUCGAGGUUCGUUCAUGUUUCCGGUCACGAAUUAUAUAAGUUCGCCCAUAAACGAUACAGCUGGUGGGAACUCGAGCGCUCUUGAAAUCUCUGCAUACGAGCUGUAUUCUUCCGACAGUGGGUCUUCUCCUGAUAGGGUCCUCUUAACUCAGGACGAGCACCCCUUCGCCGCUGGUGGAUUCAUCUGGGCGGGUUGA